ACCUUUUGGACUCUAUAUUGUGGAUAUUUUGAAUUUUGAUGUUACUUUUUUUAUCGAGUCAAAGUUGUUUUAUGAAAUACAACGGAAUGUUAAAUGGUCUUUUAGCUUCAAUCUUAAUUGGAAAUGAAUUUAAUUGCUGAGCUUGCAGGUGAUGAAUUGUCAGAGAAAUCUCGCACUUUUGUGUUCAGUGAAGGUGGACACACAUUUGGGAAUGCGUUGAGGAGUAUUAUAUCAAGAUACCCGGAAGUGCUGUUGUGUGGCUACACGGUGCCACACCCAUCUCAGGCGGACAUGCACUUCAGGAUACAGACGGCGGGUCCGAGAGCCAUCGACGUCCUUCGCAGAGGGAUAGAAGACCUAGAGAAGCUGUGCGACCACACGCUCACCACCUUCCAGGUUUGUUGCUACGCUCAGGUGCCUCACACAUUUCUUCUCGGGUUUCAAGGGGCCAUUCUAUCUUAAUAACCAGCAGGCAUAUGUUGGCUGGGUUCUACAGAUCAUGAAAGUCGUGUGUAAGUAAAGUUACUAACAGUCCCGAAAUAAACCUUCACUGUGCUUGAAGUGGUGAAACUUUAAUUUCCAGCAGCGUAUUCCUAACAUGCAUUUAAUAUAAAUAGGUGGAGACUACCACUUAAAUCAUAUUAAAAUUAUUUCUGUAAAGGUUUUAGUUUUCUUAUAUACUAAAAUGGAAUGUUCCUGCACAUAGGUUUAUUUUGUAUUAUGUUUAAUUAUGCUUAUUAUAUAUAAUGACAGUUACAUAAAACAUAACAAAUUUAUAUUAAUAGGUUCUGACAGAGUUAUGAAAUUGAUUCACCAGGUACUUGUAAACUCCCUGGAUAGGAUUUACAUGCAAAAUACAUUUAGCUGCGAUUCAGCUAUUUUAAAAACAAGCCAUACUCCCUUCUAAAGAGCAAGAAAAA